CCCAACGAAUUUAUCCGUUCAUCAGUCGCACGCACGCCGGAUCUCGUCGACCCUUUGUUGCUUCUCCGUCGGGAUUCAAUCUUCUUCGAUUACUCAGGCUUUCUGUGUAAAGACUACGUUUUUAAGGAACGAUUCUGAAUACGGAGAAGAAGGUUUUAGAAAAGGGGUAGUUACUUUUGGAUGUAAAGUGUAUGGUAGGUCUACACAUUGAUAUGGAAGCGCAGAUUCAUACACUUGAGCAGGAAGCUUAUUAUGCUGUAUUAAGGGCGCUUAAAGCUCAGGCUGAUACCCUUUCUUGGGAUAAAGCAAGCAUGAUGACCAAUCUGCGUAAAGAAUUGAGGGUAUCUGAUGAUGAAAACCGAGAGAUGUUGAACAAUCUCAAUAAUGACGAUAUUAUCAAAAGAAUAGAUGAUUGGAGAAAGGGGAAUAAACAGUCCCUCGCUGUUCUUCCUAGUCCGACUUUUUCAGCUUCUCGGAAGAAACAGAAGACUUUCCAAUCCUAUCCGUCUAUUGGUUCUACUAGAAAUAGGUCAUUCAAUAACCGUCCAGUAACAGCAAAUGAGCCUGCUGAAGCUCUUAUUGGAAGAAAAGUGUGGACAAAAUGGCCUGAAGACAACAGCUUUUAUGAAGCAGUAGUUACACAAUACAAUGCUGAUGAGGGUCGACAUGCGUUGGUAUAUGAUAUAAACACCGUGAAUGAGACAUGGGAAUGGGUUGAUCUUAAGGAGAUUCCACUGGAAGAUAUAAGAUGGGAUGGAGAGGAGAACGGGGCAACUCUAAAUGUACGGCAUGGCAGUGGAACCACCCGUGGGAAUCGAGGAAACUUAAGUCAUGGUGGUAGAGGGAGAGGUCCAAGAACUCAGCCAAGAAGAGAACAUUUGGCAUUGGAAAACGGUGGUGGAAGGAAAUUUUUUGAUGAGAUUGAAUUGUUCAACACAGACUCACUUGUGAAAGAGGUCGAGAGAGUUUUUGAUUCUAACCUUCCUGAUCCACAUGAGCUUGAUAAGGCCAAGAAACUACUCAAGGAACAUGAACAGGCGCUUAUUGCUGCCAUUGCAAGGCUUGCGGAUGCUUCUGAUUACGAAAGCGAUGGAGAAGAACCGUACUCGCAUGAGCUUCCAAUGCUGGGAUGACAGUGGAUGAAGAAAGAGAUUCAGCAUCAACCCUAGGAAAAAAUGACCAGCGAAAUUUAUCUUUUCUUCUUAUGCGUUGAUUUUGUUCAUCUGAUCCACUUGAUGAACAUUAGUAUUCUUCUAAGUUGUGUUUUCGGUAUGUAUGAAACUAAUCUUUAGGAAUUUUGUAUGUAAAGACACUAUUCUUUUUGAAAAUUUCUGAACUUGUGACCA